CCAUCUGACCAGAGCCUUGUCAUUUUCCUUCCCGAUGAGAAAGAAAGAAAGAAAGAAAGAGAGGAAAAAGAAAGAGCGACGCUGAUAACCGAGGAGCACUACAGUGACUCUCUCUCUCCACGGCUUCUUUUAUUAAUUAACAAUACAGCGAUAAAGUUUCCCGCAUUUCUUCUUCUCCUUCUCCUCCUUCUUCUUCCUCUCGCCCUCUGCAACUUCUCACAACCCAUCAAUGGCGUUUGAUCUUGAGAACCCUUUGCCGUCAACUCCCUCUCUCUUCCACACCGAGUACGAUCACAUGCCUUCGCAGAACUACUCUCAGAGCCUCAAAGCCGCAGACUUGGAAGUCUCUCUUCGCCACGAAACUGUGUCUCUGAUCUUACAGUACUGCUCCUCCCGGUUUCAUCCUUUCAUCUCCUACCUCGCCGUCAAUUACCUCGAUCGCUUCCUUUCUGCUCAUGCCAUUUCGAAUUUGCAGGGAGGGCAGACAUGGAUGGCGAGUCUUCUUGCAGUUUCCUGCGUUUCUUUGGCGUUGAAGAUGAGAGAAGAAGAGGUCCUUGUCACUGAUAUUCAGAACGAUGGACGAUUCAUCUUCGAUGUGGAAACCAUACGGCGAAUGGAGAUCUUAAUCCUCGGAGCUCUUCGGUGGCGAAUGCGCUCCAUAACUCCGUUUUGUUUCGUCAAUUUCUUCCUUUCGUUGUUCAAUCUGAAAGACCCGCCAUUGCUGCAAGCUCUUAAAGCUCGAGCCACGGAGAUAAUUUUCAAAGCACAAUACGACAUCAAGCUCUUAGAGUUCCAGCCGUCGCUCGUCGCAGCAUCGGCGCUGCUCUCCGCUUCGCACGAGCUGUUUCCAUUACAGUUUCCACGCUUUAAGAAAGCUGUUUCAAACUGUCCGUAUGUAAAUAAGGAGAAGCUGUUUGGCUGCUGGAAUGCGAUGCAAGAAAUAGUAAUGGAAGGGUACGAAUCGGUGCUGGAAGCGGCGUCGAGCUCGAGCACACCGGCGAGCAUUCUCGAUCUACGUUGCUCGAGCGAAAGUUCAAGCUCCGACCUCGACGGCGAGAAGAACAACGAGAGGGGCAUAAAGCGUCGAAAGAUCAUUUAGCAGUAGGUUCAGAGACGAUUACCAGUUUCAGCUUUCUCAGAUUCAACAGAUCUGAUCUGAGGCCCCAGAGAGAGACGCAUCGCCCAGCUAGCUGGCUGAGCAUCGAAGGGUCCAAGGCUUGACGAACGAGAGGGGGGAAAAAAAACCACUGAAUGGUCGCUGGCCUGGGCUUCUAUCUGGAUUCAAGUUCCCCAAAAAAUUAUUAAAAAAACAAAACAAAACAGAGGGGUGAGGAGAGAGAAUAAAAAGAAUAUGUUUUCUUUCAUUUUCUUGGAGCCCAAACGGAGACAAAACAAUACUUAGUAUUCCUUGGUGUUGGUUUUGUAUUUUUGGCUGGCUGUCGGGUUUGUGGUGGUUGGGCGUUUCUGGCAUAGGUGUAAUGAUAACGACGAGCGGGCGGAAUAACUUUCUCGGAAAAUAGAAAACAUUUUCUCGGGGCUCCGCCUCAGGGCAGGAAAAGGGGGUGCUGAUGAACUGCAUUUGUCUCAUCUUGUAGGGUCAACACCAACUACUUUACGUGAAUUGGGUUGAUUAGGCAUUUACAAUUUUGAGUUUGGUUACAGUGGAGUUAAA